UUUUGAUGUUUUCACACAAUGUAAUAUACAAAGGACUGGUCUUAUCAAUCGGGUUUUCCUCGGAUCCCUCAUCCUUGUUGACGCCAGCUGGAGAGCAUGCGAACUUCUUAAGAUACUCCCAUUGGGGGGAGGAAAAAUUUCAGUAUGACAAGGGGGAAAACCCGCCUUCAGUAUCAAACAAAACCUUUGAUCCUUUUGAAUUUGAUUACCUGGUAGCGGGAGGAUACCGUCCUAUUUCAAAUAACUUGGUGAAGUACGUUGUGUCACUGCGUAUUUAUGACUCUCCGCAAUGGUUUGGAGCUUAUCAUUAUUGUGGAGGAUCCAUUAUUCAUAAGAAAUUUAUUGUCACAGCUGCCCACUGCCUAUUCGACACGAAAAGAAAGUUGCUUGUUGCGGAGGAUAUAUCCGUGGUGGCAGGCACUCCUAAUAGACUUCAGAAAAUCAACACCAGUCAGGUUAUCAAGGCAAUGGAGCUUAUGCCUCAUCCCAACUACAAACAUUUCCAGAGUAUCAAUUAUGAUAUUGGAUUGGUGCUCCUUAGCAAGGACCUUACCCUGGGUUCAUCUGUUGCCGUGAUCUUUUUGCCCAACAUGCCACCGGCCAUAAAUAUGAAAUGUACUGCUGUGGGUUGGGGUAGAGUUGUUCUGGUUAGUUUCGCCUCUGGCUUGUUUUUAUUAUUGCAGAAGGUCAGAAAUUAAUUUUGGUCAGAAAUUUGGGACAAAAUGAAGGAAACA